AUGGCUAGGUGCAUUUACAAGGCACAGAAAAUGUCAGGUGUGGUGGGAGUGUGGGUGUACAGAAGCACUGUGGGGAUAAGCAGAAGGAAUCCUGUGUGUGAUGCUCACAGCCACCACAGGGAGCAGAUGUGUCCUACUGAGCUUCUAAGUGCAGAGAAGCCAAAAGCAGACUGGCUCAGUGGACUCCAACAUCUCACAGGAGGUAAAUCUUGGAGAUGCCAGGACACUUGCAGAUUUACAAAGAUUCAUAGGGAUCCAGGUUCCCCGGAAAGGCAGAUUUUCAACUGCAUUCUACCUACAGAUGCUAGUGUGGUGAUGAAUAACAGUGUGACUAAAUUCAUUCUGUUUGGAUUGACACAGGAUGCUGGAAAGCAGAAAGCAGUAUUUGGGAUUUUCUUGAUUCUUUACCUUGCAACUCUGUUUGGGAACUCUCUCAUCAUGGUGACUAUUAAAACAAGCCAGACCCUUGGAAGUCCCAUGUACUUUUUCCUGUUCUACCUAUCUUUUGCUGAUGCUUGCAUUUCCACAACGACAGCCCCCAAGUUGAUUGUGGAUGCCCUUUCUGGAAAGAAGAUCAUUUCCUACAAUGAGUGCAUGACUCAGGUCUUUGCAGCCCAUUUCUUUGGAUGCAUGGAGAUCUUUGUGCUCAUCUUCAUGGCCUUUGAUCGCUAUGUAGCCAUUUGUAAGCCCCUGAGAUACACAACCAUCAUGAGCCACCAUGUCUGUGGUAUAUUAGUGAUUUUGGCCUGGAUAGGGUCUUGCAUUCAUUCUUCAGCACAGAUUUUCCUGGCUUUGAGAUUGCCUUUCUGUGGCCCAAACAUAAUUGAUCACUAUUUCUGUGACUUGCAGCCCUUGUUGAAACUUGCCUGCAUGGACACUUAUGUGAUAAAUUUGCUGAUUGUGUCCAAUAGUGGGGCCAUCUGCAUGCUGAGUUUCAUAAUUCUGUUUCUCUCCUAUAUUGUCAUCUUAUACUCUCUAAGAAACCACAGUGCUGAAGGAAGACGAAAAGCACUUUCUACAUGCACUUCCCACUUUAUCGUGGUUGUCAUGUUUUUUGGUCCAUGUAUAUUUAUAUACACACGCCCACCAACAACUUUUCCAAUAGACAAGAUGGUGGCUGUGUUUUAUACCAUUGGGACACCCUUACUCAACCCUCUGAUUUAUACACUGAGGAAUACAGAAGUGAAAAAUGCCAUGAGAAAAUUAUGGUAUAGAAAAAUGUGA